AAGUAUUCGGAGAAGUGCAGCGAGCGAGUGAGUGAGCGCGUGAGUGGGUGAGAGCGUGAGUGUCGCAGACGGAGACUUCGGAGACGGAGCAGUGGGAUAUUAAACCUCCACCUUUGAGACAACUGUGGCAACAUGGAGCUCCGUCGGCUCGGCUCCAUCCUCUUUUUAUUUAUAAACCAAGUGUUUUUCAGCCUCCAGUCCAAAGAGCAAGUGCUGCUGGAUAUGAGAGCUUCAGGAUCAGAGUUGGGCUGGUUGACGUUGCCAUACGAGAACGGGUGGGAGAUUGUACAGACAGUGGUGAACGGCUCACUUUUCUACACCUACACCGUUUGUAGCAUAGAUUCGACCGAACAGGAGAAUUGGUUGCGUACGACAUUCAUUCAGCGGCACCCGGGGUCGCCGCGCGUCUCCGUGGAGCUCAAGUUUGUCGUGCGAGACUGCAACACGUUCGACGGCGCCUCCGUCGCCUGCAAAGAAACCUUCAACCUCUUCAUCUCAGAGGCCGACGAUGACGUGGGCACCAACUUCCGCAAAGGGCAGUUCCGCAAAGUGGCCACCAUCGCGCCCGACGAGGUCACGCGGGGCCGCGUGCCAAAGGUCAACGUGGAAACAAGGACUGUGGGGCCUCUGUCCAGGAAGGGCUUCUACCUGGCGUUCCAGGACAUGGGCGCUUGUGUGGCGCUGCUUUCAGUAAGAGUUUAUUACAAGACGUGUCCGUCCACGGUGCAGAGCUUGGCGGCCUUCCCGGAGACGGUGGCAGAUGCCCUCAGGGAGGUGGAGGGAGUGUGCGUGGAGAAUGCCAUCAGUCAGGCCACCCCGCGUAUUUACUGCACGGCGGAGGGUGAAUGGGUGGUUCCUGUGGGUCAGUGCCAGUGUCUCGCAGGCUAUGAAACCACUGGAGACGCCUGCCAAGCAUGCAAGCCAGGCUACUUCAAGCCAUCUAUAUCGAGCGAGUUGUGUCAGCUUUGCCCUGACAAUACCGAGCCCUCCGCAGCAGCCGCCUCUGAAUGUCAAUGUAAGGAGGGUUUCUUCCGCUCCCCGUCAGACCCGCCAACAUCUCCCUGCUCUGCUCCACCCGGCGCCCCUCGUGAGCUGACCUCCACCACCCUGUCAGGAGACGGCAGGCUGCAGCUGUUCUGGAGCCCGCCGCUGGUGACCGGGGGCCGCAGUGACCUCACCUACAGUGUGGUAUGCGAGCACUGCGGCGGAGCCUCGUGCGUCCCCUGUGGCGAGAAGAUCCGCUUCGAGCCCGGCGCUGCAGACCUGCAGGACACGACGGUCGUCGCCACCGACCUCGACUCUCACCUGAACUACACGUUCACCGUGGAGGCUCACAGCGGCGUGUCACAGUACAGCACUGAGAGGCGCACAGCAGCCAUCACCACUGCUCUGGAUUAUACAGAUCCCCCCAAGGUGACGUUGAUCCAUCUGGAUGAUCGCAGCCCCACCAGUCUGUCUCUGUCCUGGUCCCUGUCUCGCAGGCCUCCGGCCCACAUCAAUCACCGCUACGAGCUCAUGUACCGCAGAAAAGACGGUGACGGCGAGCGCGACGUGACCACCUUCACGGUCCUGAUUUUGGAGAAAAGCUCGGUGCAGAUCAAUGACCUCUCGCCAAACACUACAUAUCUGUUCAGGGUUCAGGCACUGAGUGCUGAAGGCAGCCCUGGCAGCUACAGCGCGGAGCACGAGUUCCACACUUCACCACUAGCCGAGUCUCAGAUCCAGAGCAACUCCACCGUGGUGAUGGCAGCUGUCGUCGGGGUAGCCGUGAUCCUGCUUGUUGUGGUGGCCGUCCUGCUACUCCGUAGACGGAGACUGAGCUUGCACAUCAGGAGAGGACCAGAGGAUCCGUACUUUUCAACAGAUCAGCUGAAGCCUCUGAAGACCUACGUUGACCCGCACAUGUACGAGGACCCGAACAUUGCCAUCCAAAAGUUCGUCACGGAAAUUGACCAGAAUUCUAUCAGCAAACAAAAAGUCAUCGGUGUCGGAGAGUUUGGGGAAGUGUUCCGCGGCGCGAUGAAGACUCCGGGGCGAGGAGAGGUGGCCGUUGCGAUCAAGACGCUGAAGCUGGGCUACUCGGAGAAACAGAGGCAAGACUUCUUGAGCGAGGCCAGCAUCAUGGGGCAAUUCUCACACCCGAACAUCAUUCGCCUGGAGGGAGUUGUCACAAAAUUCAAGCAUGUGAUGAUAGUGACUGAAUACAUGGAGAACGGCGCUCUAGACACAUAUCUGAAGGACCGUGAUGGAGAGAUUCCUUCGUACCAGCUGGUAGGAAUGCUGCGGGGGAUCGCUGCUGGCAUGAAGUAUCUCUCUGACAUGAGCUACGUCCACCGUGACCUGGCAGCGAGGAACGUUCUGGUCAACUGCAACCUGGAGUGUAAAGUGUCGGAUUUUGGUCUAUCGCGCGUGCUGGAGGAUGACGCCGAGGGCACCUACACGACCAGAGGAGGUAAAAUCCCCAUCCGCUGGACUGCCCCCGAGGCCAUCGCAUACAGGAAAUUCACAUCAGCCAGCGACGUGUGGAGCUUUGGCAUCGUCAUGUGGGAGGUCAUGGCAUUUGGAGAGCGGCCCUACUGGGACAUGAGCAACCAUGAGGUCAUGAAGGCCAUCAACGAGGGCUUCAGGCUUCCCGCUCCGAUGGACUGUCCGUCCACCAUCUACCAGCUCAUGCUGCAGUGUUGGCUGCACGAUCGCUCCAAGCGGCCUCGCUUCACAGACAUCGUCAACAUUCUGGACAAACUGCUCCAAAGCCCAGAGUCUUUGAAAACCAUCGCUGACUUUGAUCCACGCGUGUCCAUCCGCCUGCCGAGCACCAGCGGCUGUGACAGCACCAUGUUCCGGUCGGUGCCCGAAUGGCUGGAGUCCAUCAAAAUGGGCCAGUACAACGAGAGCUUCACUCGCGCCGGGAUCACGAGCAUGGAGCAGGUGCUGGCGCUGAGGCCCGAAGACGUCAGGAACAUUGGUGUGCGACUGCCUGGUCACAUGAAGAGGAUCGCCUACAGCAUUCUGGGCCUGAAAGACGAGACCAGCUCACUCAGCGUGUUUGCAGUGUGAUAAAUGAAACAAAAAAAAACAUUCCUCCGAAUUAAAAUGCACUGACUGACGACGCCAUUUCACUCCUGGAGACUGGAGGACUGAAGUGGGCCAAAGCUACGCUGCGGGGCUUUUAUUCUGUCUGUGGCACAGUGUGGCACGACUGAAGAGGAGAGGACACUUCAAGCCACUCAGAAUGGACUGAGAUUAAAAAAAACACUUAUGUACUUUAUGAUAAGAGUCGAGAAAUAAAUUAUCUUUAUGUAAAAAUAAUUAUGAGAUGUAGUGAGGCGUCGCAAGAGUGCUUGGCUCUGUAUUUACAGAAUGACUGAAAUAUUGAAGGCUCUUAAUGAUUAAGAGCUCGUUUCUUCCAAGCACUCACUUUAUCCGGAUCAUUUAUUCAGUUUGUUUUGCUUCUCUUUUGUCGAACAAUGAGACUUUUUUCAAAACUUUUGUAUAACUUUUCCACUCAGGGCAAAAGAUCACACAUUCUUCAUGUUAGUCUCUGUAUCACAUGAUGCAUUUCCUCAAAUCAUUUUGUCUGUUUACUCCAUGUCUUAAAAAUAACUCCAUUUGUAUUUAAUAUUUAUUUUAUAUUUAUGAUAUUUGUUACAUGAGAGAUAACUCUAAUCUGGCGCAUGUUUGCCAGGUGAUGUGUUUUCGUGUCUGAAUAAAAUCAGAGUUGCCUGUGACUGGAUCACUCUCUUACACUCA